AAUUGCUUGGCCAUUUUGGGGCCCACACUUCAUUUAUUAGUCCCUCACGCAAUAUUAGGUAUCAAAAUUUCUCGUCCUAAGUACUGUGUUUUCUGGGUAGCGAUUUUGCGCAUCAACAGCCAUGGUUUUUAUCAAUCUUCCUGAUAACAAAACCCUAUCCCUAGACAUUAAUCCUUGUAUAAGUUCGCUCCAAACCCUAACCCUCAAAAUCCAUGAAAAUUUCCACAUCCCAAUCAUUCAACAGCGUCUUUUUCUUUCCUGCCGGCGGUUACUGAACACCGAAGUACGGUUAUCCGAUCUAGGAAUUUCCCCAAAUUCGACUUUAACCCUACACGUCCCUCUUCUCGGAGGUAUGCAAGCACCCGGGGCACCGAAAGCCCGACUCGAUUUCCUAAACACAAGGCCGCCUCCGAAUUAUGUUGCUGGAUUGGGCCGUGGUGCUACAGGUUUCACUACCCGUUCUGAUAUUGGGCCUGCCCGUGCUGCCCCUGACCUCCCAGAUCGUUCAGCUGCUGCUGUUGGCGGCGCUGCACCGCCAGCUGGCGGCGUUGGCGUUGGCCGCGGCCGCGGCAAGGGUGGUGCCGGAGAGGAAGACGAAGAGGAUGAUAAUGAGGAAAAGGGUUACGAUGAGAACCAGAAAUUCGAUGAAUUUGAAGGUAAUGAUGUAGGGUUAUUUGCUUCUGCUGAGUAUGAUGAAGAUGAUAAAGAAGCUGAUGCUAUUUGGGAAGCUAUUGAUCAGAGAAUGGAUUCGAGGAGGAAAGAUAGAAGAGAAGCUAGGUUAAAGGAAGAAAUUGAGAAGUAUCGAGCGUCUAACCCGAAGAUUACUGAACAAUUUGCUGAUUUGAAGAGGAAAUUGUAUACAUUGUCGAGUGACGAGUGGGAUAGUAUACCUGAAAUUGGGGACUACUCGUUACGAAACAAGAAAAAGAGGUUUGAGAGUUUUGUGCCUGUUCCUGAUACACUUUUGGAGAAGGCUAGGCAGGAGAAAGAGCAUGUAAGUGCAUUGGAUCCGAGGAGCAGGAUAGUUGGUGGCAUGGAGACACCUUCAGCGCAGACGCCCGUUGCUGAUUUGACUGCCGUGGGUGAAGGGAGAGGAACCGUGUUGUCGGUGAGGUUGGAUAGGAUUUUGGACUCGGUUACUGGACAAACUGUGGUGGAUCCUAAGGGAUACUUGACUGAUUUGAAGAGCAUGAAGAUUACUAGCGAUGCUGAGAUUUCGGAUAUAAAGAAGGCUAGGUUGUUGCUUAAGUCGGUUACUCAGACAAAUCCGAAGCAUCCUCCUGGUUGGAUAGCAGCUGCUAGACUGGAGGAGGUUGCAGGGAAGAUGCAGGUAGCGAGGCAGUUGAUAAAGAAAGGUUGUGAAGAGUGUCCUAAGAAUGAGGAUGUUUGGUUGGAGGCAUGCCGUUUGGCGAGCCCCCUUGAGGCUAAGGCAGUGAUUGCUCAAGGUGUUAAAGCAAAUCCUAAUUCAGUGAAAUUGUGGAUGCAGGCCUCAAAGUUGGAGGAAGAUACAGCGAAUAAGAGCCGUGUUUUGAGGAAAGGUCUAGAGCAUAUCCCUGAUUCGGUGAGGUUGUGGAAAGCUGUUGUGGAGUUGGCUAAUGAGGAAGAUGCUAGACUUUUGCUUCAGAGGGCCGUAGAAUGCUGUCCAUUGCAUGUGGAGCUGUGGCUUGCUCUUGCUAAGUUGGAAACUUAUGAAAGCGCAAAGAAGGUGCUUAACAAGGCUAGAGAAAAACUUCCUAAAGAGCCUGCCAUCUGGAUCACCGCAGCUAGGCUGGAAGAAGCCAAUGGGAAUACUGCUUCUGUUGGGAAAAUUAUUGAAAGGGCAAUCAGGGCUUUGCAAAGAGAAGGUUUGGAGAUUGAUAGGGAGGCUUGGAUGAAGGAGGCUGAAGGAUGCGAAAGAGCUGGUUCCCUUGGGACUUGCCAGGCAAUAAUAAAUAACACUGUUGGGAUUGGUGUUGAGGAAGAAGAUAGGAAGAGGACCUGGGUUGCUGAUGCUGAAGAGUGCAAGAAACGGGGUUCGAUUGAAACAGCAAAAUACAUUUAUGCACAUGCUCUUACUGUAUUUAGAACUAAGAAAAGCAUCUGGCUUAAAGCAGCACAGCUCGAGAAAAGCCAUGGUACCAGGGAAUCACUUGAUGCACUACUUCGAAAAGCAGUGACCUACAUUCCAAAGGCCGAAGUUCUAUGGUUGAUGGGUGCCAAGGAGAAGUGGCUUGCUGGUGAUGUUCCUGCAGCUCGAGCAAUUCUGGAGGAAGCAUUCGCUGCAAUUCCUGAUUCUGAGGAGAUAUGGCUUGCUGCUUUCAAGCUCGAGUUUGAGAACCGUGAGACAGAGAGGGCAAGGAAGCUUCUUGCUAAGGCACGUGAAAGGGGAGGCUUGGAACGAGUCUGGAUGAAGUCAGCCAUUGUGGAGAGAGAGCUUGGAAAUGUGGAUGAGGAGAGGAGAUUGCUGGAUGACGCAUUGAGGCGCUUCCCCUCAUUUUUCAAACUUUGGUUGAUGUUGGGACAGUUGGAAGAGAGACUUGGUAAUUCUGACAAGGCAAAGGAUGCCUAUGAGUCUGGCAUUAAGAAUUGUCCCAAUUGUAUACCCCUUUGGCUGUCCCUUGCGUCACUAGAGGAGAAGAUGAAUGGGCUGAGCAAAGCUCGAGCAGUUCUUACUAUGGCCAGGAAGAAGAAUCCUCAGAGCCCUGAGCUAUGGCUUGCAGCUGUGCGGGCUGAAGCUAGGCAUGGGUACAAAAGGGAAGCUGAUGUUUUGAUGGCUAAAGCAUUGCAGGAGUGCCCCAAUAGUGGCAUUCUAUGGGCUGCUUCAAUUGAGAUGGCACCUCGUCCUCAAAGAAAAACCAAAAGUUCUGAUGCUUUAAAGAAGUGUGAUCAUGAUCCGCAUGUUAUUGUUGCAGUGGCUAAGCUGUUUUGGCAGGAGAGGAAAGUAGACAAAGCAAGAAAUUGGUUCAACAGGGCAGUGACCCUUGCACCAGAUAUUGGUGAUUUCUGGGCAUUGUACUUCAAAUUUGAACAGCAGCAUGGAACGGAGGAGCAGAGGAAUGAUGUGUUGAAGAGGUGUGUCGCCGCAGAGCCAAAGCAUGGGGAAAAAUGGCAAGCUACAGCCAAGGCCGUAGAGAACUCUCAUGAACCAACAGAAAGCAUAUUGAAGAAGGUGGUAGCCACAUUAAAGAAGGAGGAGAAUUUGGCUGAACAUAACCACAACUAAUCAGCUGUAGUGUUUGAGUCUCUGUACUUGAUAAUCUUAGAGCAGACUUAUAGGUUAGAGACAGUAGUUAUAACAUCCUUGUUUGAGUUGCUUCUAAGUAUUGUAUCUUGGUUGUGUUUCGCCUGAUGUGAAGUUGAUCUGAAUGCUGCAAUUUCCAUUCCUCGUAUUAUUAUAAGGAAAUCGUUUUAGUCUGUGCUAAGAAGUACUUUUGAAGUUCUGGGCGUGCUCUAUAUUAGUUCAUUAUGUGAUGAUGGAUUUACAAGAUUCAUUAAUCAGAAUCCUCUAUUGGCUUACGGUAAUGAUGUCAGAAUUUUAUUUCUUUUGGUUGUCCGUGAACAAAGAAGGUAUCAACAGUUAUACUGUACAAUUUGGUGUGGUACAAAGCUUAAGCUUGUGCUGGUGGCUCCUAAACCCCAUCUUGCAAUUGCAUAGGCAGUCAAGGCAAAGUUAAGGAUCACAAUGAAAAUUCAUUCCAGAGAUGAUACUCUUAAGAUGUGAAUUUAUCUACAAGGCGGACAGAAACUUGUUAAAGACUUCAGAGCUGUAGCAUCUAUUUCCUUGUGAUGACCAAGAAACUUCCGACACAUGGCUGCUAUUCGAAUAACCUGAUAUUUGAUUGAAAUCCUACUCCUUCCUCUCCAUUUCAUUUCCUGUUACCUAUCAUUGAACCUGACAAUGGCACCUAUGCAUUGAGUGCUUUUGCUGAGACGGAUUGAGUAUGUGAUUUUGAAAACUGCCGCAAACCUUUAAUCUCUUUUCUUUCUGGAAAGUUUCUCAAGGUGUGACAGACUAGUCUUACAGAUGUUGUCAUAGAGUUUAAACCUUCAGUCUACUGUGGUAAAAGGGAAUACUUGAGAAGACACUGAUGAUUUUACUCCUCUGAAGGACGUGUAAACAUGAGGUAAGUUCUGCUGCAUGAAAGACAAAUCCAGGUUCUCCCAAAAAUUUAUUUACUUCUCAUUAUAGCUGACGAGAGAACUUCCCAAUAUGAUGCUUCUAUCGUUCCUCGCCUGAGUUUUUCAUGGUAACUUGUGCACUUGUCUUCCACCCAGUUCUAAAUCAGAGGUAUAAACUCUCAAGUGUGUUUUCUUGUGCCCGAUAUUUUUUUUUUUUGAUGAAGUAAGGAGAAUUCAUUAAAAGCAUCCAGCGGAUGCAGGCAAAAGAUUACAAUUAAGAGAGAUGGUGUCUGCUCAUAUACACAAAAAAGCUAUUCUAUCACUAAGGAGCACACACAAUCAAAAAAUUGAACAGAACUAGUUACAGGUGCCUGAUUUAGCCAACUAAACAAAUUCAAUAAGCAUUUUGCUUUGACUACAUGGAUCGGAGUUGAGAUCCCAUCAAAACAUCUACGGUUCCUUUCCUUCCAGAUGCACCAAAAGAUAGCAGCAGGUACCAUUACCCAAUUUUUUUUGAUGGAUUUACCAACUCUCCAUGAACACCAACAUUCAUAUGCUUCCUUGAUGCUGUUAAGCUUGACCCAGGCUAGUCCAAAAAUAGAGAGGAACAUGUUCCAAAUAUCACAUGCUAAAGGACAAUGCAAAAAGAGAUGACUAACACUUUCAGAAUACAAAUUGCACAUGUAGCACCUAUUCACCAUUGGUAUACUCCUUCUGCUUAGGUUGUCUUGAGUGAGGCAUGCUUCAUUUAAGGCAACCCAACUGAAACAAAUCACUUUAGGAGGCAGUUUUGUUCUCCAAAUUAGUUUCCAUGGCCAAUUGUUUAUCAGAUCAUUGUUGGAGCAUAGGUGUGCAUAUGCUUUCGUCACUGUAAAUUUCCCGUCCCCCCAUUCCAGUUUGUCCUUCAGCUGGGGUUUGACAGCAAUCUGUGCCAGUUUGGCCAGCAAUUCCAUUAGGUCAUCUAUCUCCCAAUCUUGAAAAUGUCUCCUGAAUUGAGGGUCCCAAGAGCUGUUCUGCCAACAUUGUUCUACAGUGGAUUCUUGAUCUACUGCCAGUAGGUACAAAUUUGGAAAUUCAUCUUUUAGUGCCAUUGUUCCCAGCCACUUGUCUUUCCAAAACUUGAUGAGUGUUCCACUUCCUAACUUGAGUUUUGAGUUAAGUUGGAACUCAUCCCAUAAACUAGAUAUGUGUUUCCAUAGGCCUGUACCAUGAGGUGAUCUGCUAUGUCUUGUGCACCAGUUGUUCCUCACACCAUGUUUAGCAUUAAUCACCGAUUUCCACAAACCAGGGUCCUCCAAAUUAUACCUCCAAUGCCAUUUCAUUAGCAUACUCUUAUUAUGUAAUGCCAAAUCUUUAACACCCAAUCCUCCAUGCUCCUUUGGUAAGAUAACCUUUGGCCAUUUAACCAAAUGAAAUUUGUGGCUUUGACUGUUGCCUUCCCAUAAGAAGUUUCUUCUAAUUUGAUCUAGCCUCUUCUUCACUUUAACUGGAAUUGGGAAUAAUGACAUGAAAUAGGUAGGAAUACUAUCCAACACACUGUUAAUAAACGUUAAUCUACCCCCCAUAGAGAGGUAUUGCAUUUUCCAGGAGGCCAAUCUUUUCUCAAACUUCUCAAUAACCCCCCUCCAGAUUUUUUGUGAUUUGUAUGAUGCUCCCAACGGUAGGCCUAGGUAUGUAGUGGGGAAGGAUCCCACACUACAACACAUUAUAUCAGAUAGCUCCUCCAGACCAGGAACAUCACUGACAGUAAAAAUUGUGCUUUUUGACAUGUUCAUUUGUAAACCUGAUAUGGCUUCAAAAUACUUGUGACCUCUCAGCCCCCGACAUAUUAUCAUAAACCUGAACACUAGUUGACUAUUUAGCUAGUUCGCCUGAGAAAUCUCAUUUUCGUAAUUAUCCUUUCUAUGUCUUGCAGCUUGAGCAUCAUGUUGAACCUUCCCAAAUUGGUUUGUUAUCAGCAGCUUCUUCAAAGUAACUUCUUUCUUUUUUAUCCUCAAGCAGAAAGUGUUAGUUAUUCAUGUUUUCUGCAAAAGAAUGGAAAAGGAUAACUACUAGAUACCUUCAUAGGAAAGGGAACUAACUACCUUCAUAGGAAAGGGGAACUACCAAACACAGGCUUAAAUUGGUUUACUUUUGUUUCAUCAAUAUUUGCUGACUACUCUUUGGACUUUGGUAACUUGGUGAACAACUAAAAUGACUAUAAUCUUCUCAAUAACCACGUUGUAUUCCUGGUCUUACUUUUUCCUAUAUACUAUGAGGAGCCAAUUGUUUU